ACUCCUUUUCUUUUUGCGAAUACAGACUAACACGGCUGUUCCUCUGAAACCUCUAUUUGUUUAAUGAGUACUUGUGGCACCUUAGAGAGGAACCAAUUUAUUUGAGCAUGAGCUUUCGUGAGCUACGACUCACUUCACGCUACACUACAGCUGUAGCUCACGAAAACUCAUGCUCAAAUAAAUUGGUUCCUCUCUAAGGUGCCACAAGUCCUCCUGUCCUUUUUGCGAACACAGCCAAACACGGCUGCUACUCUGAAACCUAUUUGUUUAAUGAAUGCAGGGAAGCUGAUUUCAACCAUGCUACUACCCCAGCAGCAGCCCGGCUCUCUGAUGCGUCUUUCAAAUGUUUUGGUGUCUGCAAACUCUAAGCGUGCUGCAAUGAUCUUUGCUCUCAGGAGUGAUCUACUUAAGGCAGCGGGCGCCCGUCGCUGCCGUCGCACCGCUUCUGUAGGCAAAGUUCCCCACGCGCGUGUGAGCGUUUGCGGGAUCAGCCGCGCAGCGGGCACCAGGCAGCUUGGCCCUUGCAGAGGGAGCGGUAAGAGCAGAAGGAAGCAGCGAUGUGUGUUGCCACACGGGCUCUCUUUGCGGCGGGACUGCAACAUGGCUGCUCCCAUGCCAUGAAGCAGGAGCUCUGCAACCCUGGGGCUGAACUCCUGCUUUCGCCUUCCUAGCAGCCUACCUGCACGGCUGGCCCCGCGCCUCUGGGCCGGCCAGGGUUUGGGGGCAGAGCCGAAGGGCGUGAAGCCUCCCCUUUGGAGUGGAUCAUGUUUUCCAAGGCCUUCAGGGUGAAAUCCAACACUGCCAUCAAAGGGUCUGAUAGGAGGAAAUUGCGAACUGAUGUUGCCGCAGCUUUUCCCUCCCUCAGCAGUGAACAGCUGUCAGAAGUUGUUCCAAACAGAGAGGAACUCAACGUAGUCAAACUGUAUGCUCACAAAGGGGAUGCGGUCACGGUAUAUGCCAACAACAGGAACCCAGUCCUUUUUGAAAUGGAGAAAACUCUGUAUCCAACAGUUUAUACUUUGUGGUCCUAUCCAGAUCUUCUUCCAGCAUUCUCAACAUGGCCCCCAGUGCUACAGAGACUAGCAGGAGGAGCAGAUCUAAUGCUGCCAGGAGUUAUGGUGCCAUCUUGUGGUCUUCCUCAGGUACAACAGGGCACUCUCUGUGCCAUCACCCUGGUGGGAAACAGAGCCCCAGUAGCAGUAGGAGUCGCUACCAUGCCCACUGCAGAGAUGCUGGCUGCCGGAAUGAAAGGGAAGGGCUUCAUCGUGCUGCAUGCUUACACAGACCACUUAUGGGGAUUUGGAGACAAGUCUUACCCACCCACAAUAGCUCCCUUGGUAGCAGAGCCUGCGGAGCUGGAAAGCACGGAUGAGGAUGACAAAGACGAGGAGGGACGGGAGCCUGGCAACGACCUCUCCAUUGCCCCAUUGCUACAAAUGGACAUUGGCAAUUUGAACCUGCAGGAGGGAGAUGGCUGUGCAAGGCUGAUGGAGGAGGAGGAACCGGGUGAGACUGGAGCUGCAGAAAUGGCUGAAGAUAUCACCAAGGUUCAGCCAGAAACAGAAGAUGGCAGAACUCCACAAGAGCAAAUGGAUGAAUUACUGCAUCAAUGUUUUUUUCAUGCCUUAAAAUGUAAAGUGAAGAAGUCAGACCUUCCGCUACUGACCAGCACCUUCCUGCGCAACCAUAUGGUCUCAUGCUGCCCAGAAGGACAACAAUUAGACCUAAAGAAAUCAAGCUACAAGAAGCUCUCCAAGUUCCUGCAGUACAUGCAACAGCAGAAGAUUGUCCAAGUGAAGGAGCUGAACAGAGGGGUGGAGAGUAUCGUGCACAUAGACUGGAAACACUCUGAUAUUAAGUCAUUUGUUGUCUCUGAAGCAUUCUCUGCUGUGUCAACGGCUCCAGAGAGUAAAUGUGGAGACGAAGAUCAGCUGUACCAUGCUCCUGAAAUCAUACCACUCUAUGGCGUCUCAACCAAAAUGGCUCCACUUUUCCAGGAGUCGGGACACAAGAAAGGCAGCAUCCUUUCCAGCAGCGAUGUGAGAAAUAUUAUCAUCAGCUAUGUAAAGACUAAUGAGUUGGUUGAUGAAACAAACAAGAACUUUGUAAAGGUGAAUCCAAUCUUGUGCGACUGCCUGUUGGAUAAAUGGGAGCAAGACGAGAUCUCAAAGCUCAAAUGGGAUGAUCUCCUGAGCAGGUGUCUGGAACAACUGCAGCCUUACCACCAGGUGACAUUUUUUGGACACGAACCCAUUGUGAGGAAAGGAAACCUUGAUCCCAUUGACAUAACCAUAGCACAGAGAUCAUCAAAUAAAAAGGUGACCAUUAUUAAGAAUCUUGAACUGUAUGGCCUAGACCCGCAAUUAGUUGCCAACACUCUCCAGCAAAGAGUACAGGCCAGCGCCACUAUUAACACACUACCUGGGGCAAAGGACAGAGUUCAGGUCCAGAUCCAAGGCAACCAAAUCAACCAUCUUGCCAAGCUGCUCCUCGUUGGACUCUUCGUUAUAUUGCAGAGGAAUACCAGCUACAUCGGAAAUAUAUUCAAGGGCUGGAGAAGGCUCCAAAGCUUAGCCGGAAGAAGUAAAUUACGUCUAGUGUAAAAGUAUUCAAAUCUCAUUAUUUAUAACCAGUUCUGCAUACAGCUGUGGGGUGAAAUCCUGGUCCCAUUUAAGUCAAUAGGAGUUUUGCUGUUGACUUUCAUGAGCCCAGGAUUUCAUCCAAAGAAUGUGUAAUUGCUUUAGCUGUUCAAAUUUUUUUCCCAAUAAAAAAUUCAAAUGUU